AUGGAAAGAGAUCAAUUAGAUUCAACUUUUGUACCAGAAUGGUUACGUUCUCAAAAAAUAGAGGAAAAAAGUACAUUUAAUUUUAAAAGUAAUAGUGUAUUAGCGAAUGCACAAACAAUAGCAUCAUCACCAUCAGCCAUAAUAACACAAACAUUACAAGUUGCAACAUCAGACAUUAGUGCAUCUUCAGCCAAUAUUAAAAAUAACGAUAAUAUAACAUUAACUGGCGAUCAACAAUCACCACCUAAGCUUAAUCGCUCUAAAUCAUCGCCACACAUGGAACAUGCUAAUGGAGGUGGUUCACCUUCUUUUCCAAGUGGCCUCAACCAUAAUCACAACAAUAAUAAUAGUCAAACAUCACAUCAUAAUAAUAGCCACCACAGUGCAAAAACAUUUUCACCAUUAAUUUCAUCAGAAAAAACGCAUAUUGCUUUACCAACCACAUUCGAUUAUAAUAGCACAAAAAAUUUUAUAACACCAAAACCAAUUAAUUUCCCACAUACUUUUACAUCAACAAAUAAUAAUGAUAGUGAUGAAGUUUAUAGCACCAAUAUAACAAGUACAAAUAAUAAAUAUAAAACUCAUAGUAAUAAUAAUAUUGGUGGUAAUAACAAGCCACCAUUGGUUAGUUUUAAAUCACAACCAAACUUAAAUAGCAUCGAUCCUUCAAUGGCAAAUUCUAUUAAUUUUUCAAAACCAUAUAGUAAUAAUAAUAAUAUAAAUAACUAUUAUCCUAACAUGAGUGGAUAUUAUCGUGGUUAUUCAAGUUAUAAUCAUAUGAAUAAUAGUAGUAAUAAUAAUAAUAAUCCAAAUGUAUAUAGUAAUAAUAGUUUGUACCAUAGUAGUAAUAGUUUAAAUAAUUCAACAAAUAGUAUAUAUAGUAACAAUAGUAACAGUAAUAUUAAUAAUAAUAGUAGUGGUGGCGGUGGUGUUGGACAUAGUUUUAAUCAUAUUGUAAAUAGCCAUCAUCACCAUCACCCACAUAGCAGUGGUCAUCACCCACAUCACCCACACGACUUUGAUCCAUUAAGUUCAUCAUCGUCAUCGAAUUUUUCAUCUCUUUCAUCAUCAUCAUCAUCUCUUUCAUCAUCAACAUCAUCAUUUGUAAAUAACCAAGAAACUUUUAAUCAAUUUUCUUUAAGUGAUUAUAAUAAUCAAUAUAAUAGCCAUUACAACAACCAAUAUAAUAGUAGCCAAUAUUAUAAUAGUAAUAUUCAUAAUAUACCAGAAGAAACCAAUUUUGAAGAGGAUUCUCAAUUCCCACCACUUCAAACUAUUAAUAAAUCAACAAAACUUGGUAGAUCAACAUCACCAACUCUAACAAUUAAUAUACCCGUAUCAUCACCAUCCUCUUCACCAACACCAUUAAAUCAACAAACUCCGCCAACUACUCCAAAUAAUAAUAGUUCCCAAGUACCAAAUACACCAACUUUGGCAUCAUUAAUUUCUCCACCAACUAUACCCAAUCCAAGUAUUGCAAAUGCUGCAGUUGGUUCAUCAUUAUCCUCUGCCUCAUUACCAUCGUCAACUUCUGCUAAUGGUCCAGGAUCAUCGUCCUCUUCAUCUAAUAAUACCGAUGAAAAAGAGAAGGCAAAAGGAUUGGUACCUUUCAUAAAAUCAAGAUCUACAUCUUCUCAACCCCAAACCUCGGGCACUCAAUCAACAUCACCAUCGCAAACACCAAUCGGUCUUUUGGUCCCCAGCCAAAUGAAAAAGAGUGGUGCAGUUGGUGCUUCAGCACAACAGAAAACUCUAAAAGCACCUCCAACAAUUCCAAAUCGUGGCGAUUUGAAAUCCCAAUUCCGUAAAACUUUCUCAGAGCCAACAUUUGCAGGUAUUGCAAACAAAGAUGAUAUGGUACCUCCAUCAAGAAAGGGAUUAACAGAUCCAUCAAGAAAAGUUAAAAUUCCAAAUCCUGAUAAGUUAUUAGGUAAAGAGAAAUUCUUUGAAAAAUUACAAUCUGAAAGUAACACUAAAAUAAUAAACAAAUCAGCAACAGCAGCAAAUAAACCAAUAAUAUCAACCACCACUAUAACGACAAAUAAAGAAUCAAUUUCAAUUCAAAAUAAUGAAGAGAUAAAAGAAAUUUUAUCUAACCAAACAACUUGUACAUUAAAAUCACAAACUGUAUUUAAUAAUCAACAUCAACAACUUUUAAAUGUAAAUUCAUCACCCUCUAUCGAUAAAGAUAUUAAUAAUGAUUCUGAUGAUCAUAUUAACUCAGAAGGUACUGAGGAAGAUGAAGAACACGAAGAAAGAUUCUUAAGAGGCUUGGGCUGGAUUCCAGAGGAUGAAGACCCUAUAUCAGAUUCUGAAAUUGAAGAAAUUACCUUAAAAAUGAAAAGUAUUCAAAAUAAUGAAAGUUUUCAAAAAUGUUAUAUAUCAACAACCAAAUGGAGAUCAAUACACAAAAAUUCUCUAAAUCAAGGGAAUGGUGAAAAUGAUGAAGCUGUUGAAAGUGAAGAUAAUCUAAAUGAAAGUAAUGGUACAGCUGAAGAUGGAGUUGUGACGGAAGGGGGUGUUAUUAGAUGCAGAGGAGGUGACAAUCGACAAAUAAUAAAUAAUAAAUAA